UGUUUUCGUAAUUGUAAGCUGUUAUUAAAACCAAUUAAGUUCUCAACAAAUUUUUCACUCCAGAAAUUUGAUGACAUUGUCAGUAAUCCAAGUCCAAGAAGUUCAAGAAGUUGCAGAGGUUGACAUUAUUUCAACAAAUGGAACUGUUAAGGUUCGAUCAACUACAAUAAAACCUAAGAAGAAGAAGGUUCGUGUUUACUUGACCCGUACCAGCCUUCCUUCCUAUUUACUGACAGAUUCUCUGAAAGAGCUAGGAUUCAGAGUUGAUUUAAUAGAAUCUUCUUUUUUGCUAGCUGCCCACAGCAAGUUAAAAUGCGAUCUUCUUUGGUGUGGUUGUGAACAUGAUGAGGCUGUUCCAGCUAAACUGCAAAAUAGGAUACCGGCCAUGAAGUUUGCUUGUAGAAAAGGUCCCAUGUGCCAGUUGGUUAAUCUAAUGCAUGAGCUCUUUCCUGGGCAUUUCACAUUCUUACCAAUGUCAUGGCCUAUUCCCAGUCAGUAUGCUGCUUUCUGUCAUUAUGCUUUUACUCAAAAGGAUCCGAAGAAUCCUCAGUUUUUUAUUUUGAAACCUGAUGAAGGAUCACAAGGUGAUGGCAUAUAUCUCUUCAAAUCUCCAAUGGACAUUACCCAAGGAACAAUGUCUCGUAAUUGUGUAGUUCAGAAUUAUAUACACAAUCCUCUCCUGAUUGAAAACUAUAAGUUUGAUCUGAGACUGUAUGUCCUCAUUUCUAAACUUGAUCCACUUGAAGCUUAUUUGUGCAAAGAGGGUCUGGCAAGAUUUUGUACAGAGAAGUAUGAAAAACCAAGCACAAAAAAUCUUGCAAAAUCAUACAUGCAUCUCACUAACUACUCCGUGAACAAAUAUAGCUCUGACUUCAACCGGGCAGAAGAAGUAUCAGAGGGUUCUAAACGAACUGUGACCUCAGUUAUGAAAACAUUGGAGGCAUUGGGCCAUGACACUGAGAAAAUAUGGACAUCAAUCAAAGACAUAGUGUUCAAGACUUUGAUUUGUAUUGCACCUCUAACAAAAGUAGAGCAACUCAACAUGGACAAUUUCAAGCCUAGCACCACCCAACACUUUCACUUGCUAGGCUUUGAUAUUUUGCUGGAUGAAAAUUUGAAUCCAUUUCUACUAGAAAUCAAUGGUUUUCCAAGCAUGAGAACUGACUCAGAAAUUUAUGAUGAUCUGAUGCAGAAAACGACUGUUCCCAGUCCUGUUGAUGAAAAAGUUAAGAAAACUGCUCUAAAAGGAGCUCUUCAUAUACUGUUCAAAAAUAAAGUUGAUGAAUCGUACUGUCCCGUUGUUGGCCCAGAAAUAUCGGAUGACAGAAAACCUUAUUUGAUCUUUGAAGAUUGUCGAAAGCUGUUCACUCUCUUCCUGAAGAAGUCAACACUACGCAAGGGUUCCAUGUUGGGUUCAUCCGGAUUCAGGUCAUUUGUGCGGUCUUGUAAAAUACUCAGAAUAAUACCAGGUGUUACAAAUGCAGACAUGGACUUACUUUACAUCAGUAUCAUUCAACAGAGCGAUCAAAGCAGCCAGAAAUGUUUAUCAUUCCUCUCAUUUUAUAGACUGGUGUUAACUUUGGCAGUAAGAAAGUUUCCUGAUGAGCUCCGAUAUCUGGCAUUGAAGCAAUUCAUCGACUUGUGUUUUGCCAACUAUGCUGCUCCAACCAAAUACCACUUCAUUUAGUUAGGGUUUUGUAAAUUUUGCAAAAUUUUGAUAAAACUGUGAAUACAUUAUUAUGUUUGAAAUUAUAGAGAAGUAAUUGGAAUCAUUGAUAAUUGAAUUUAUUAGGUGCUUUAUCAUACUGUUAUUAACGCAAACUAUAGCUAUGUAAGUUAAUGUAUAAUGUACAAUACGAUUUAUUGGAUCAAAUUAUUCGUUUUUAGUUAAAAGUCAUACAAAUACUAACCAAAAAUUAUGUUAUAUUCUUAAUAUGAUAAUACGAUUUAAACAUCUUUUUUAAACUUUAUAAACUGUAUAGUGUGUAAAGAUACAUAUUCUGGUCAUUACCCGUAUUUUCCCUUAAUGAUGCAAUUCUUUUUCUAACUAUUGAGUAAGGUGAAGUUAUAUAGAUCAGAGAUUUUUAAUGAGAUUUAAAACAAAGUAUUCUGAUGCAUUGUGCAGGGUUAAGUUUAUUAAACAUUCAAGACUGGUAAGUGGUAUAUGUCGAUAAUUUCACUAACUGUAUGUAUUUUAGCUACAAUUCGCUCUGGUGCCAAGAAUUCAUAGCGACGAUAAACCACUUAUUUGUUAUUAAAUCUUCUGCGAUUUUCAACAUUGAAUUAUUUGUUAAAGUCGUUUAGGUCUUUAGGUAUAAUGAUAAGUUCUAGGUGUACGAUCUAAUUAUUUCUAAUAUCUCUUAUAUUUCUGCCUGAGGUUGCAGGUAUGGAGUUCAAUUUGUGUUUAAAUUUGUAAAACGUAUUUUCUUUGAUGUAAAUGAUUAUUGUCUUUUAUUAUAAGAUUGGUAACUCGUGUUUUAUAAAUAACUCGUGUUUUUUAUAACAG